AUGGCGCGUACGGCCGGCCGAGCACCUUUAUCCUCAAGUGCCAAGACAUCCUCCGCAAAGCACCACUCUUUUAAGGGCAAAGGCAAAGCGCAAGCGAAUGCGGCUGGGUACCUUAAACGCAAAGCUGCUUCAACCGGGAAGAAAACUCAAGACCAGGUCCAGGAUGUCUACGAGGAGUUCGAUGCAGACGACCGCAAGAGGAAGGCGCUUCCUGGGCGAAGGAAACUCCGCAAAGAGACAAAGCGGCUGGAGUACGAUUGGGGUGAAGACGGGUAUGCUGCCCGUGUGUCUGAAGAUGAAGGAGAAAAUGAGAGUGGAAGCAAACAGCCAAGGCUCUUUGGAGAGGGAGACGAGAUUGGCAGCUCAGAGGACGAGGAUAUUGAUAGCGACGCUGCAUUCGAGGACGAGGAUGGGGUAGCAGAUGGGUUUGGUGGUGUUUUCAAGCGGAAGAAACAGCCCACGAAAAAGAAACAACCCAAACCUCCAGCAAGGUUUGCGGAUGUCGAUCUAGACGAAGACGAAGAUAUCGGCGCUGCCCAUUCUGAAGUUGAAUCAAACUCGGAUUUAGAUGAAGAUGAGGAGGAAGAGUCUCUUGACUCUGACGUUUAUAUUGACGUUCUCGACGUUCUGGAUGGCAAAGGUCAAGUUUGGAAUGGGGAAGAAUCUGACAGCGAGUCUGGAGAACCGAAACCGAAACCUGCUGCCAAACCCAUCCCGCUGCGCGACCCGGUCGUGGAGUCAGAUGACAAUGACGAUGCUGCUGUCGGUUCAGAGGACGGCAACUCCGACUUGGGCUCAAUGGACAUAGACACCUCACCAGAAGCGCUAACCGCGUUACACAAUCUCAUUUCCUCCCUUCCUUCAGACGCGCCUCCUGCCAAACGCAAGGCUGACGGAGAUCUCUCGACCUCCGCGCCACGUAAAAGACGCGCUAUCAACCUCAAAGAACGUACUCAGGCGGGAGUUGAGGGAGAAUUUGCUGUUGGUACCGCAUCAUCUAGCAAGCUCACCCUCGAUGACUUCCUCCAACCUCUCGCAACAGAAUCGGGCAUGUCGGAUGUGCGCAAAAAUCUUGCCGCUCUCGACAAGAAAAAGACGAAGAAGAACGGGCCCGGAUUGCUCUCUGCUCCUUUACCUACGAGGGUACAAGACCGAAUAGAUCGGACAGCAGCAUAUGAAGAGACUCGCCAGGAGGUACAAAAGUGGGAAGGCAGUAUGAAGCUUUUGAGGGAAGCCGAGCACUUGAGUUUCCCGUUGCAGCAACAGAAGCCAGCCAAGGUGUCUAGUGCUGAACUGGCCAAUAAGUUCAUUCCAGCGACGAACCUCGAAACCGCAGUCUCGCGGCUCCUUUUGGCAGCACAACUAGCGCAAGAAGGGGAUAUUGCAAACACUGAAAACUCCCUUCUCGCACAAUCCGAGUUAUCUCCGGAAGAAAUCCUCCAACGGCGGAACGAACUGAGGAUGAUGCGCGAAUUGGCAUUCCGUGCUGAGGUUAAAGCGAGGAGAGUGGGAAAAAUCAAAAGCAAGGCAUUCAGGAAAAUCGCCAGAGGAAAGAAAAAGCGGGAGGCGAAUGUGGCCGAUAGAGCUGAUGGUGCAAGUGAUGACGACGAAGAGAAGAGGAUCCAGAGAGAGGUCGAGCGCGCAAAGUCUAGAGCGGGCUUGAAAGUCAAACGAAGUGCCAAGUGGGAGAAAGAAAGAACUGGUGGAGAUGAAGAGACGGAAAAUUUGAGAAGCGAAGUGUUGGAGAAUAUCGAUCGUGAGGAACGAUUGCAGAGACUUAUUCGUGGUGAAGACAGCCAUGGCGAUUUCGACUCGGACUCGGACUCGGACUCGGACAACGACCCUGAGAGCAUCAAACGCAAAGCACUCGCGAAAGUUGCUGCCCUUGACGAGGCCGAACUGGGACUCGACCCUAACAAAACCAAAGGCGUAUUCGGGAUGAAGUUCAUGCAAGAUGCAAUGCGACGCAAGGCAGCUGAGGCGCAAGGAAUAGUAGACGAUUUUGAGGCGGAGUUAGGGAGAUUAGAAAAAGAGACAACCGAUGAUGACACCGAGGGAGUUGUCAUACAGCGAACUGGCGGAAGGGUUGUCGCGCAGCCCUCGGAGGUCAAGAAAACCAGAGUCAAGACUGCACCAAUCACCACACAACCAGCCCCGUCAACCACCACUUUACGCCCAAUAUCAAUGGCCACUGCCACACGUUCCUUGCUCUCCGCUCCUGUCCCGGCUCAAGAAGAGGAAGAAAGCAAUCCAUGGCUCAUGAUGUCGGGUUCUUCAGGUGCCAAGCCAACGAAAAAGAAAAACACGGUAGUCGUCAGCAAGGAAAGUGGUGCCGCAGAUAGAGCGGGUUAUAAACUGGGCAAAGCCGAGAGGAAACACACGAAUGGGGCGAAUGGCGAUCCGGCUGAAGGCGCUGAUAUCGACUUGAAUAAACUACUCAGCGACGGCUACGACGAAUCGAAAAGCCAGAAGAAGAAAACAAACACAAAAACAGUUGACAAGGCCACUGAUGAGAAUUCAGACGACGAGCAUAAUAGUGAAGUUGAGGCACAGGAGACCAUGCUCGCAAACAAAAAAAGAGGUGCAGCUAAGCAAGGAGCGUUCGAACAACGCGAACUCGUCGCGAAAGCAUUCGCGGGAGAUAACGUUGUCAGGGACUUCGAAGAGGCCAAACAACGCGAACUCGCUUCCGACGCUCCUCAAGAAAUUGAUCUCACGUUACCUGGCUGGGGUUCUUGGGGAGGACCACACGCGUCAUCUAAACCUAACAAGAAAAGGUUUACGAAACACAUUCCAGGCAUCCUCCCAACGGCCCGAGCCGACCAUGGCAAGGCACACGUUAUCAUUUCAGAGAAAGUGGACAAAAAGGCCAGCAAGUAUUUAGUGAAUGACCUGCCAUAUCCGUACACUAGCAAGGCGCAGUAUGAGCGUAGCUUGGAAACGCCAGUGGGACGAGAAUGGAAUACUAGGGUGGCGUUCCAAAGGGGAACACUACCUAAAGUGGUUAAGAAGAUGGGGACCGUUAUCGAGCCAUUACAGAAACUUGUAUAG